AUUCCAUCCCCCCAAUAUAAUAGACACAAAGCACGUAACCUCAAUCCAUGCCUGGAUUUCAAAAUAGCAGGUCACGAUUCAAGCCCUCAGCUGUCCCGUCGCAUUCAAGAACCUUGAAUAUCCACUACAAUGUCGCAUUGCCACGAUGAGCACGAUCAUCACCACCAUGACCACGACGGCCAUGAUCAUUCGGACGACAUCACACCAGCACUACAGAACUUACUUCAUGGGCAGAUAGACUUCAGCGCCGUAAGCACUCUCAACGAGACCGAUCCGCGGUCUGGCGCCGCCAUCUUGCAGAAAACAUGGGCACAGCGGCUAGAAGACCAGCCGGAGCUUAGAAGCGACGCUGACGAGCAGAUUCUAAUGCUGGUCCCGUUCACCGGGCAAGUCCGAUUACAUAGCAUCAUCCUCCGCACCUCCGCAUCCGACUCUGCCCCUCGCACCCUCAAAGUCUUCAUCAACCGCGACGACCUCGACUUCUCUACCGCCACUGACCUCCAGCCCACGCAGACCUUCGAGCUCGCGCAGACCUCGGACAUCCAAGAGCAUCCCGUGAAGCGGGUGCUCUUUAACUCCACGCGGCAGCUCGGGUUAUUUUUCGAAGAUAACUUCUCCGGCGGCGACGAGGAUGAGACGGUGAUCACCUACCUGGCGUUUAAGGGGGAUUUCAUGAAGCUGAAUAAGGAGCCGGUGAGCUUCCUAUACGAGGCGGCGGCGAAUCCGUCGGAUCAUACGCCGAUUGUAGGGACGAAGCAAGGGAUGGGGAGUGACAUUGGUCGUGGAGGCGCGUAGAUGGUGGUCAGCGGGCGGGUUUACGCGUUGGAGAAGCAAAGCGAGCAAAUGAUACCCACGCGAAAGCAGAUGACGUCUGUCGAGAAGAGCGUUGCAUAUGACCGGUGUCUGUCUAUUUGGAUUGGUUGUGUAAAAUAAAGGCUAAGGCUCGGGAUAGUGCAGUUCAACGUACCUUACUCCUGAAGAAGCAUUUCGCUCUUGUAUCGCUCUAGGGCUUAGGAGGCUUCGUCAUGUAAGCUACAAUUGCAAGAGUCAUAAACUCAAAUAGUCACACUAGCCAAGCUGUGCCCGGAGUGAUAAUCCAAGC